CUUCCCUUUUCCCUUCCCGUGCCGUGCCGAGCCGUGCCGUGCCGGCCAGGCCCGCCCGGCGGCGCAUGCGGGGCGGGGAGGCGGGAGCCGUCCCGAGAUGGCGGCGCGGCCGCCGGUGCCGCUGGGACGGUUCCUGCUGCUGCUGGCGCAGGAGCACCUGGAGUUCCGCCUGCCGGAAAUAACAUCUUUGCUCUCGCUCUAUGGUGGACAAUUUAGCGAUCAGCAGGAAAUUUGUGUAAAUUCUCCGUUUUGGAUUCUCAAUAUUCCUUCAGAAGAGAUGGCAAGGAGAAUAAUGAAACGGACAGUAUGUGCAAAGUCUAUAUUUGAACUGUGGGGUCAUGGCAGGUCUGCAGGGGAGCUCUAUGCAUCUUUGAAGAACUAUCCAAUGGACAAGAUGCUUCCAUAUCUACAGCCUGACUCUACAUACAAAAUACGUAUUCAUACUUUUAAUAAAACACUGACCCAAGCACAGAAGAUAAAGAAGAUAGAUGCUCUUGAGUUUCUGCCAUUCAACGGAAAAGUAAAUUUAAAGAAUCCAGAACACGUCUUCUGGAUUUUGGAAGAUUAUGGAAUGGACCCUAAUAAUGUUCCAGAAGAGCCCUUUGAUCUGUAUUUUGGUAGAUGGAUUGCAGAUGGCCAAAGAGAACUCAUUGAGUCCUACAGUGUAAAAAAGAGACACUUUAUUGGAAAUACUAGCAUGGAUGCCUGCCUGUCUUUCAUUAUGGCAAAUCAUGGAAGAGUGAAACCCAACGAUAUUGUAUAUGACCCCUUUGUUGGAACAGGUGGCCUCCUUAUCUCCUCGGCACACUUUGGAGCAUAUGUAUGUGGUACUGAUAUAGACUACAACACAAUCCAUGGAUUAGGCAAGGCAAGCAGAAAGAACCAGAAAUGGAGAGGACCAGAUGAAAAUAUCAGAGCUAAUCUCCGACAGUACGGUUUAGAGAAGUAUUACCUUGAUGCCCUAGUUUCUGAUUCUUCACGACCAGUAUGGCGAAAAGGGAUGCUGUUUGAUGCAAUCAUUACAGAUCCACCAUAUGGUAUCAGAGAAGCUACUCGCAGAACAGGUUCACAGAAGGAAUCAGUUAAGUCAGCUGAAAGAAGCACAGAAAAUCACAUCUUCAUUUCAUCGAACUAUCAUCUGAGCGAUAUCUUUUUUGACCUAUUGAAGUUUGCAGCAGAAUAUCUGGUGAUGGGAGGAAGAUUAGUUUACUGGCUGCCGAUAUACAGGCCUGAAUAUACAGAAGAGAUCAUUCCCCGCCACCCAUGCCUGAAACUUAUUAGCAACUGCGAGCAGAUGCUUUCCAGCCACACGUCAAGGCGCCUGAUAACCAUGGAAAAGGUGAAAGAAUACAAGGAUCAAGAUCAGAAUUCUUACUUGUUGGAUGAUCAAUACAUGCCGUACAGGGGACACAAUUCUUUUCGUGAGAAGUAUUUCAGUGGUGUGACAAAGAGAAUUGCCAAGGAAGAAAAAGACAACCAGAAGUAAAAUACAAUAUAAACAGAUUAAAAAAUGAGGAAAGAAUGAAGAUUGUGUUUCUUUGUAAGGACAUCUGGAUAUGAACAUUCAUUUGGAUGCUUCAGAAAAAUAAAUACUGCUUUUAAUUUUAAAGCAAGAUGAAGCCCACAACACAGGUUGAGAGCAGUUCUUUUUAAUUAGCUUUGUUUAUAGCAGAUUUUAUUGUACAAGUUUUUCUGAGUCUUAUUUAAUUUAUAUUUGUACUUUCAAGUUAUAAUGAUGAUUGACUAAAACCAUUAUUAUUGUUCUUCCACCAUUAACGUUUACAAAAAGUAGUAGUAUUAUUUGACUUCUUAAACUGUGAACAUCUGGCUGUUUUAGGAACACGUGGUGGUGAUCAAGGAUUGCUUAUUGUGAAGAUCAUUUUCUUUUUUUUUUUCUAAAUGAUAUACAGUAAAACAGAAAAGUUUGUGAGUUUUUAUUUUUAAUUGUUGUAUGCAGUAACUGUUCAUAUGUGUUCUGAUUUGUUCUGGCUGAGUCCAGCAGUGUUUAAAAAAAAAAACAACAAA